AAGUAGAAGCAUAUCGCUUAUCCCAAACCAGAUCUAAAUAUAAACGAAGAGUAGCAGCACUUCAAAGAUUUUUCUCCACAUCAUGUCUUCUUUAAGGGACCGUUUGGUGGAUGCUCUUCGUAUGAAUGGGGGAGAUGGAGAACACAGCUACGCUAAUAAUUCACUUAUUCAGAAAAAUCUUGUAUGCAAAACACAAUUGCUGGUGGAAGAGAGCAUAAACGACAUGUUAUUGGAGUUGGGGUUUCUAGAGUGCAUCAAAGUGGCUGACUUGGGCAGUUCUUCCGGGCAAAACACAUUUUUGGCCAUGUCCAAAAUUGUCAACACGAUAAUAGAAUCAUACCAACUAAAAGGUCAAAACUCACCGGGGAUCGACUGUUGUUUAAACGAUCUUACCAAGAACGACUUCAACACAACUUUCAAAUUGAUCCCUUCUUUUUACGAGAAGCUGAACAUGGACGUUAAAGGAAAAUGUUUUGUCUCGGGAACCCCAGGUUCCUUCUAUUCAAGGCUUUUCCCAAUAAACUCUCUUCAUUUUGCUCAUUCAUCAUAUAGUAUCCAUUGGCUCUCUAAAGUUCCUGAAGGGAUUGAAGAUAACAAAAAGAACGUUUAUCCUGGAAGUCCAUGCCUCGCAAAUCUUUACAAGAGUUAUUUGAAUCAGUUCCAAAAGGAUUUCUCGUUGUUUCUUAGAAUGCGUUCGGAAGAGAUAGUGUCUAAUGGGCGCAUGAUUCUCACGUUCCUAGGCAGAGAAGCUUCUGAUCCAUUGUCUAAAGACUGUUUUGGCAAUUGGUCAUUGAUAUCAGAUUCCUUAUUUGAUCUAGUCUCUGAGGGGUUUGUGAAUGAAUUAGACGUGGAAUCUUUUAACUUGCCGUUCUACAAUCCCGACGAAGGAGAGGUGAGGGAGAUUGUUGCCAAGGAAGGCUCAUUCGAGAUUAAUAAGUUUGGUACGUUUAAAUUUCCUACGCCACACGAGAAGGGAUGUGUAGAAGAAGGAGAUUACUCUGACCAAAGUCGACUGGAAAAUAGUAAAAACUUUGCAAACAGUUUGAGAUCCGUCACAGAAGCAAUGCUUGCUGGUCACUUUGGAGAUGCCAUUAUCGACCGUUUGUUCAACAAGCUAACACACCGUGUCGCUGAUAUAUCGAGCAACUACUUCAAUACGAAGACGGCUGAAUGUUUCGUUUCGUUGACUAGGAAAUAAAUCGGAAUUCUUUUUAUUUACUUAUCAGAUCGAGGAUUUGCAUGCAGUAUAAUGGUCUGAAUAGUGGAUGCAUUUUUUUUUUUUUUACAUAAUGAUGCAUUUUAAUUAAUCUUUGU